GUUGAAAACAUAUUAAAUUUGGUUAAAGUAAAAAAAGAGCCUUUCCUAAAAUCUCCAUAGGUUUGUGUGUAUGCUAAUAAGAAACACGACACAAUAGAGAUUUGUUUGAAUUAGAAAGCAGACAGAAUUGACACCCUCCCGGAAUUACAGGGCGUCACCGGCACCAGCAGCAGCCAUCACUUUCUCUCUCCUCCCCUGUUCACCUGCACCUGCAACUUUUGCAGCAAUCACAGAACCAAAUUCAAUCACAACCCCAUCAAAAGAUGUGAUUUUGAUGUGCAAUUAUGCACACAUACACCUUUACUUUUAGAGAGAGAAAGUUCAACCCAAAACAGAGUAUUUAUUCAACAAAGUUUCUUUCUUUCUUUAAUUUUCACUUUCAUGAAUUGGGUCUGAAAAAAAAGUGGAUUUUGCUUGUGGGUUUUCAGAAAAUGUGUGGUUUAAUUGAUUUUUAUGUGUAAUUACCUUUACAUAUAGAGAGAGAAAGUUAAACCCAAAACAUAGUAUUUAACAAAGUUUCUUUCUUUCUUUGAUUUUCACUUUCAAGAACCGUGAAUUCGUUUCUGACUGUUAAACAAAUUCGAUUUUAUUUAUGGGUUUGAGAUUAUGCGUGGUUUAAUCGAUUAGAACGUCGUUAAUUUUAGAGAGAAAAGGUGGAACACAAAAACAGAGUAUUUAUUUCUUUGAUUUUCACGACCAAGAAUCGUGAAUUCAUUUCUGGGUGUUAAAAAGAUUUGAUUUUGUUUGUGGGUUUUAAAUGGUGUGUGGUUUAAUCGAUUUAAACGCCGUAAGCGAAGAUUCCGACGAGGUUUCAACAACGUCGUCUGGUUCUGCUCCAGCGGAAUUGUUGCCGCCGGUGGUGUGUUGUUUGGAGUUAUGGCGCGCCUGUGCUGGACCUUCAAUGUGGUUACCGGAAAAAGGAAACGGUGUCGUUUACUGUCCUCAGGGCCACCUGGAACAGCUGCAACUCGCCGGUGAUUGGGUCGGCUCCGGCGAGUUUAGUGUUCCCCCUCAUGUGUUCUGUCGUGUUGUUGAUGUGAAGGUUCAUGCUGAGGCUGGGAGUGAUGAUGUUUAUGCUGAAGUUACAUUGAUUCAAGAUCUGCAGCUAGAGCAGAAAUGGCAUGAAGGCGGCCGUGCAGUAGAACACGCAGAAGACGAAAAUGGGGUGGUGGAGAAGACAACAACGCCGCAUAUGUUUUGCAAGACGCUAACCGCCUCCGAUACUAGCACCCAUGGAGGAUUCUCGGUCCCACGACGGGCUGCUGAGGACUGUUUUCCACCCCUGGAUUACAAACAACAGAGACCUUCACAAGAGCUUGUAGCCAAAGAUCUUCACGGGACUGAAUGGAAAUUCCGUCAUAUCUAUAGAGGACAGCCUCGGAGACAUUUGCUCACAACUGGUUGGAGCGCGUUUGUAAACAAGAAGAAGCUUGCGUGCGGAGAUGCGGUUCUUUUUCUAAGAGGUGAUGAUGGAGUACUAAGGUUGGGCAUCCGAAGAGCCACACAAGUGAAAGCCGGUUCUAGUUUACCGCGAUUUUCUGAUCAAAAGUCAAACAGCUUUGACUUUUCCACUGUGGUCAACUCUAUAUCUAGAAGAAGCUUAUUCAGCAUCUGUUACAAUCUGAGGGGCGGCUCAUCGGAGUUCAUAGUACCGUAUAAUCGAUUUAUAAAGAGCCUUGCAGUAUCAUUCUCUCCUGGAAUUAGAUUCAAAAUGCGGUUUGAAACCGAAGAUGCAGGAGACAGAAGAUCUACGGGAACUGUAAUCGGGUUCAACGAUAGCGACCCCGAAAGGUGGCCAGGCUCCAAAUGGAGGUGCCUAAUGGUGCGGUGGGAUUGCGAUGAAUUAACGAGACAGAAUCGGGUUUCUCCAUGGGAGAUUGAGCGAUGCGGCUCGGUUUCCGAUACAGGACCCUUCAUGCCACCCUUAAUGAAGAGGACACGCGCUAGUUUUCCUUCAACUCCACCAGAUUUUUCAGUUCUUAAAGAUCGGUCGACUGGAGUACCAGACUUCGCGGAAUCAAUGCGAUUCCACAAGGUCUUGCAAGGUCAAGAAAUUUACGGUUUUUACCGUUGUUUGGAUACAUCUCCACUAGGGAAUGAUAUACGAAGCCAAAAAAGUGUCGGAUUUAACGAAUCCUUUAGAUUCAAUAGGGUUUUGCAAGGUCAAGAAAUGGUUUCAAACUACGGUGAAAGAGUGUCAAAUUCUGGAAAUUUAUGGACUCAUCCGUCGUCAACAUCUUCGCCGUCAUCUGUUUUACGGUUCCAGCAAGCGAUCAGUCAAGCUCCCAUACGUUAUGCUGAUAAUAUGAUGCCGUUAAGCGGUCAAAACCAUCAAGAUUUCUUUCGUCCUUUGAAAAGUCAAGUGGAAGAACCGGUUUUACAUUCUAAGAACAGCUGCAGGCUCUUUGGUUUUUCAUUGACCGAAGGAAGUAAUGGUUCUAGGUGUCCAAAUGGAGAGGAUCGCGUGCGUUCGAAAGGGCCCGUUGUGAACACAAAAUUAGGCGCGAGUUGUACUAAUGAGAGAGUUCAUGAAUGGUGUCUAUCUAGUGAUGGCUUUUUACAAGGACUGUGAAGACGGUUUGGCUCGUGUCAGGAUCCAUAUGGAAGCAUUUGCUGUCCUUGGAGAUGUGUUUGUAGCAGAAGUUGGGUGGGUGGCAUGGUUAAGUUUUGUCAAGUUUGGACUUUACUAUUUUUGUUUAAAACACUAUUUACCUAUUUUUGGAUUCGUCUCCUGUAAACAAUUAAUGAUAUUUGUUUAAUUUGCUUUCGGCAUCCAAACCCCUCACCCGAAAGUAAGAACUCGAUUCGAUUCAAGUUUUUCAAGAAAUCUGUAAUAAUAUAUGUAACUAAGGCUGCAA